AGCUUGAAAAAGAGAGAAAAAGAAAAUGGCAGACACAGGCAAAGGAAGCUCUGUUACUGUCUGCAACGAUCGCUGUGGCUGCCCUUCUCCCUGUCCCGGAGGCAAAUCCUGCAGGUGCAUGAUGAGAGAAGCUUCUGGUGGGGAUCAAGGGCACAUGUUGUGCCCAUGUGGGGAGCACUGCGGCUGCAACCCCUGCAACUGCCCCAAGACCCAAUCACAAACCCAAACCUCCGCCAAGGACUGAACCUGUGGUGAGGGCUGCACCUGUGCUACUUGCGCCACUUAGACCUCCCUAGCUAUGUCUAUACCAUACUUGUAUAAUAGGUACCAGCUAGUUGAUCUGAAAUAAAUCUGUGUAUUAGGUCCAGGUACAACGAAAUAUAUGUUUCGUAUGCUCUGCUCUUGUCUUAUGACUCAUAAAGUCUGAAGAUCCUGAGGGUCUUGGACUAAUACAAUCCACUAACUAAGUCUCCUAAAACUCAUUUGUCAGUGAACAGAAGGAGAUAAAUCUUUGAAAACUGAAUGUGUAACAAUUUGCCAGUGCCCCAAGCAGGCCAAUUCGGAAGGCUAACACUAAGACCAAUUGUUUCCUGAGCUUCUCCUAGACCUUGAGAAGGUCUGUACUUGGAAAAUCUAGCUUGUUUAAGGAAACACCUCCAACGCUUUACCAGCUGAACACCAAAAGAGAACACUGAAUGUGUUCAUCACAGAAAUCACAUCGUCUUUUCGCUUUACCGGACUUUAAAAGAAACAUUCAACAAUUGCCUAAAAUGAAAGCAGAAGAAAGUCAUUCAUGGUUUCAAAAAUCGUAUACUGCAAUGGGGACUAUAAAUUGCUUGCUAUGUAACAGAGAACUCACCUUCUAUUCUAAGUUGGGUAGUAAGUUUUUGCAGGAUAGUCUUUAGUUUGCAAAUGUAUGUUUUAUCUAACUGCAGAGUCAAAGAAUCUAAAGUGUGUAAAAGCUCAAAGUUUCAGUUCACUUGUGAUUGCUA